GGCGCGUAGCGAUGACGUUUCAAACACGCUCAUCUUUAGCGACGCGCUUGUUUUUGUCGAGGCUUCAUUUAGCAGAAAGUGUCCAAAGAAAAUCUCCGUUUCCAGUUUAGACAAAAUGUCUUUCUACGAUGACGAAUCCAUGGACAUGGGCCCCGCUGGCCAAUCGAAGCUGGAGAGCUACCUUUUCAGCUGCGAGCUGUCCUCUAAAGUCCCCUUAUACACUUUCCAAGGCGAUGAAGAGGAGGAUUUGGAGCACUUUCUUGAACUACGAACGGUUUGUCUGGGAGAGGGAGCCAAGGAAGAGAGUAACGUGGUGGAGGUGACAGCCAUGAAUCACCAAGGAAAGACUAUAUCAGUGCCUAUCGCCAACCUUCACAUUAACUGCCUGCCUACGGUGAGUCUAGGAGAGUUUGAGCUGAAGGCCCCGGUGACCAUCCGGCUGAAGUCUGGAACGGGACCGGUCACCGUCAGUGGCUUACACCUCAUCGCAUCAGAGGUUGGAGAUUCAGACCUGUCUGAUGCAGACGACGACGAGGACGAUGAAGACGAGGAGGAGGAGAUUAUGCCAGUCAAACCAGCGAAAAAGAAGCAGAAGCUCUAGUUAUCAGCGGGUCUUUGGAACGACCUCGGCCACUGCUGGUUUAUAAGACAUAACACAGUCCUCUUUUACCACGGACAGAUUUUUACAGCGUCACUUCUUCCACACAGCUGGGUGAGAGCGCAGUGCGGUUAAAGCUCAACACACUGUCCGAGGAAGAAAAAUCUGACUGCCGGCCUCAUGUCUGGUGGGGUGCACAUGUUGUCGCCUCACCACUCCUCGGUCUCUUUGAGAGCUCUCGGUCUCGGCGGUGCACUUCACUGCAGAUAGGACAUCCACCGAUAGAAGAACUUUGUUUUUGCUACUAAAUGCUAUUCAGUCUUUUAUACUGUAUAUGACACCACUGACAUGGAUUUAUUGCAGCAGUGGAGAACCAUCUUUUAAUAAUCCUGGUAUUGGCGUGUAAAGGUACAAUACUGCUAUAGUGAAACGUGUGUACUUGGCAUUGGAUUUUUGGAUUAGUCAUAUUUGAAAAUUGGAUUUCUAGAAGGUUUUGGUUCCAACAGAGUGGUAUUUCUCUCUGCAGGUUGGCCAGGGUUCUCAGUGUGACGAUAUGAACAUGAAAACUGAACUGAAACUGUAUAUUUGUCAUACAUUAAAUGACUAGUUAAUAGUUGCAAAAUACUUUUAUUCUUUCUAUGUGAGAUGCCUAUCUUGUAGUGUGAAGAUAUUUUGUAAAGUUGGAGAUUGCUUCUAAAUAACAACUUUGGAUUGUCUACUUUCA